AAACUCCCAAUUCACUUUCUCAGUUGGUCUGGAAGAGAGAGAAAGGUUGUCAGUUUACUGUACUCUUGUCUUCCUCAGGCCAUCUCUUCGAAAUGCAGCGUUCGGCACCUUUGGACCCCACAAAGAUGGGGGUUGGAAGGGCUAUAGCUGUCCUCACCUCUGGAGGAGAUGCACAGGGUAUGAAUGCUGCUGUCCGAGCCACGGUGAGAGUUGGGAUCUACACUGGUGCGAAAGUUUAUUUCGUCCAUGAGGGUUAUCAGGGCCUGGUUGAUGGUGGAGAUAAUAUCCGACAAGCCACUUGGGAGAGCGUGUCAAUGAUGCUGCAGCUGGGCGGCACAGUCAUUGGCAGUGCCCGCUGUCAGGACUUCCGCACUAAAGAGGGUCGAGCUAAAGCCGCGUGUAACCUGGUGAAGCUGGGCAUCACUAAUCUGUGUGUGAUCGGUGGAGACGGCAGUCUGACCGGUGCCAACGAGUUCCGCAAUGAGUGGAGUGAACUGCUCCAGAUCUUGCAGAAAGCAGGAAAGAUCACAGCAGAGGAGGCCAAAUGUUCGUCUCAUCUAAACAUCGUCGGGAUGGUUGGAUCCAUAGACAACGAUUUCUGUGGCACGGACAUGACAAUCGGUACAGAUUCAGCUCUGCACAGGAUCAUGGAGGUAGUGGAUGCCAUCACCACAACAGCUCAGAGUCAUCAAAGAGCCUUCAUUCUGGAAGUGAUGGGGAGGCAUUGUGGGUAUUUGGCCUUAGUCACUGCUCUGUCAUGUGGUGCUGACUGGGUGUUUAUCCCCGAAAUGCCCCCAGAUGAAGGAUGGGAGGACCAUCUGUGCAGGAGACUCACUUACCAAAGAAGCAUUGGCAAUCGUUUGAAUGUCAUCAUUGUGGCAGAAGGAGCUUUGGAUCGACACGGCAAACCCAUCACCUCUGACAUUAUCAAGAACCUGGUGACUAAGAAGCUUGGUUUUGACACCCGGGCCACUAUUUUGGGUCACGUGCAGAGAGGAGGAACACCUUCAGCCUUCGACAGAAUAUUGGGUAGCCGGAUGGGUGUGGAGGCUGUGAUGGCGCUCCUGGAAGCCACUCCUGACACCCCUGCCUGUGUGGUCAGUUUGUCAGGAAACAUGGCUGUUCGUCUGCCCCUCAUGGAGUGUGUGCAAGUGACAAAAGAGGUGACCAAAGCCAUGGCAGAGGGCAGGUUUGAGGAAGCUAUUAAGCUCAGGGGAAAGAGUUUUGAGAACAAUUGGAACACAUAUAAACUUCUAGCCCAUGUGACGGCCCCAGAUGUGAAGAGUAAUAUAAACAUAGCUAUUCUGAAUGUGGGAGCUCCUUGUGCAGGAAUGAACGCAGCGGUCCGUUCAGCAGUCAGGAUCGGCAUCCUUCAAGGACACAACAUGCUGGCUGUUCAUGACGGCUUCGAGGGACUCGCAAAUGGAACUAUUGAACCAAUGGCAUGGGGUUAUGUGGGAGGCUGGACGGGCAAAGGUGGAUCUAAUUUAGGAACCAAGAGGUCACUGCCGGCUAAUAUGAUUGAAGAAAUCAGCCUGAAUAUAGCCAAGUUUAACAUCCAUGCCCUGGUCAUCAUUGGAGGAUUUGAAGCCUUUGUUGGAGGCUUGGAAUUAGUGACUGCCAGAGAAAAAUAUGAGGAGUUGUGUAUUCCUCUGGUUGUUAUUCCAGCAACUGUGUCAAAUAAUGUUCCUGGAUCAGACUUCAGCGUUGGUGCUGAUACUGCGCUCAAUACUAUCACAACUACAUGCGAUAGGAUCAAGCAAUCUGCUGCUGGAACGAAGCGCAGGGUUUUCAUCAUUGAAACAAUGGGGGGAUACUGUGGAUAUCUGGCAACCAUGGCAGGACUGGCUGCAGGGGCUGAUGCUGCGUAUGUCUUUGAAGACCCCUUUGGCAUUCAUGACCUGGAGGCAAACGUGGAGCACUUACUGGAGAAAAUGAAGACCACAGUCAAAAGAGGCCUCAUCCUCAGAAAUGAGAAAUGUAAUGCAAACUACACUACAGAUUUUCUCUUCAACCUCUACUCAGAAGAGGGCAAAGGAGUGUUUGACUGUCGUAAGAAUGUUCUUGGCCACAUGCAGCAGGGUGGAACCCCUACACCGUUUGACAGAAAUUUUGGCACAAAGAUGGGAGCUAAAGCAGUGCUGUGGCUGACAGAUAAACUGAAGGAGUGUUACAGACAUGGCCGUAUCUUUGCCAACACGCCAGACUCUGCCUGUGUCCUGGGAAUGAGGAAGAGAGCCAUGCUCUUCCAGCCUCUCUCUGAUCUCAAGGAGGACACUGACUUUGAACAUCGUAUACCAAAGACGGAGUGGUGGCUGAAGCUUAGGCCCAUUCUCAAGAUUCUGGCCAAAUACAAGAUCAGUUUGGACACCUCAGAGACUGCGACAAUGGAGCAUGUUAUCAAGAAGAGAGGAGGAGUCUAGAUCACACACACACACACAGAGAGAGUACGGUGGGAUAGAAAGUUAGUAAGAUCAACACUCAUGUUCUUCCAAAUCCAUGUGAGCAUACAAUAUAAUAUAGUUUACAUGAUUGAGUUAAUAAUGAGAGAAUGUUCAUUUUUUUGGUGAACUGUCCCUUUAAAUACCCACAACCCACAGAUUUGGGGAUUUUUGUUUUGUUUUUGAUUGAAAUAUGAGAUUUUUUUUGACGUUCACAUCUGAUAUAAAUUGUACUUUGUUUGGGGACGAAUAAAACAGCAAUGCUAAAUGCA